CGGUUUUUACGUGAAGCUCCAAAAAUCUAUGAAAUGUGUUUGCAUGUUCUUCUCCGCGAGCAGGGAUGUAGAGGUGGGAUUGCAAGAAUCGAAAGGUUGGAGAGCCCGCUCGCUCGCUUCCGAGAAAGUACGUUUACAACAAUUUAUCAUUUUGUUUGCCUCCCGUUGGUUCCGGACUUGGCCAGUAAUAUUUCCGUUGGGUUCGAAUUUUUUCCCCUUCUUUUUGACACCAAUCUCCGCAGCAGGCACGGAGACGGACCGCUCGGACAGUUGGAUCCCUCCCCUCCGCUCGGAUCUGCUUUGGUUUCAGUUCCUCUGGGGAAAGAUGCGGAUGAGGACGGAGAUCUAGCGGCGGGUCACGGGUUCCGGGGGCUUCCAUUGGCCCAUUCUUCGUCGGAGGAGGAGCCACUCUCCUCUCCCACACACUGAACAGCCUGCCAGCUCCGCCCCCUAUCCCGCCCCUGCCCCGCCCCCUGCCCCCGCCCCGCCCCCUCAUCGCCCACCACCGCGCUGGACCAUGUCUAGCGGGCGGACCGAGGGCAGCCAAUCGGAGGCGCCGGAGCGGAGCGGGCACGGCGAUGACACGCCCCCGCUGGCCGUGGAGCGCCGCAGUCGGAGCGGAAUCCUCAGCGAGCCGCUGAGCAAGAGCCUGAAGAAGUCCCGCGCACUCUCUCAGUACACCGCCUGCCCCGCCCCCAACGGACUGUCGCAGAAAGCCCCGCCCGCCGCCGCCGUGGCCAAGGGCCACUCUACCUCCGCAGCGCUCAAGCAGGCCCAGCAGGCGGCGCCGGAGGCCGCCCCGAAACUGGACCGCACCCUGGAGCAGAUGCUGGAGAGCCAAAACGGCCUCCUUCACUUCGCCCAGGCCGCCGCCCUGCUGAAGCGCGCCGGCAUGGAGCACGUGCUGCUGCCCGGCGACCAGGGGGCGGGGCUGGGCGACCUGGAGGGCGUGUCCGGCGCGGACGCGGGCGGCGGCCUGGGGGACUUCCCCUUCCUGGGCGGCGGCUUCCCGUUCAACCCCGGCCUCUUCAUCAUGACGCCGGCCGGGGUCUUCCUCGCCGACAGCGCCCUGCACAUGGCCGGGCUGGCGGAGUACCCCGCGCAGGCCGAGCUGGCGUCCGCCAUCGGCUCGGGGAAGAAGAAGCGCAAGCGCUGCGGCAUGUGCCCGCCCUGCCGCCGGCGCAUCAACUGCGAGCAGUGCAGCAGCUGCCGCAACCGCAAGACCGGGCACCAGAUCUGCAAGUUCCGCAAGUGCGAGGAGCUCAAGAAGAAACCGUCCAGCGCUCUGGAGGUAAGGUCAUGACCUGGGCGGGGCCUCGGAGAAGGUGAUGUUGCCGACGGGAACAGCAUUCCGAUGGUUCCAGUAGCGAGCGAGCGAGAGAGCGAGAGAGAGAGCGAGUGUUGCUGCCACCAUUCCCCAAAGCUCCGCCCUCACGUGCAAUGCCACCGCCUGAUUGGACAGUCUCAGGCACGGACGCUUCGGCUGGACAAAAACAAACACAGACAAAACAAAAGAAACACAAACGAACUAACAAACAACAAACAAAAAAGAGACGAACGAAAUGAAAAAAAGUGACAAAAAAAACAAUGACGAUUAUUAUCAAAUCAAUGGAUGCACCUACUUAUUCCUGAACCAAAAAUGAACGUAAAGAAAAACCUAUGGCAACUUUCAUUCCUUUUCUAUGUUCCAUUUUGGUACCUUUUGCCCCCAACGCCCCCACCCCUCCCCACUUCUCCCCGACCCCACCAUCGUUUCCAGCGGUUUUCUGUCUCUUUGACAUGGAGCUGUUCAUUUGCCAAACAGAAAUGACAAACUGAAUGGACAAUCAAACGAUUUGUGUGUUUGGUGUUUAUGUCGUUACGUGUGGAAAGAUACAGUACUUGUGUAGAGAAUGUAAAUUUACUGCUAUAUUUUAAAAAAAGAACCUAGUGGCUAAUGGAAGCACUAUUGUAAUUUAGCACCAUUGUUCUUACUUACAACCUGUAUUUUUGAUUGUUUUAUUUUUUAUUUUUGUUUUAUUUUUGUUUUGUUUUGUUAUGUCAAAAAUCUAUGGUUUUGAAAUUGCGUAAUGUUUGCUAUUAAAAAGAAGAAAAAAACAAAAAAAAAAUUUUUUUUUGAGAUGUAGAAUCCAAAUUUCUGAUCCAACAGGAAACAUUUCUUGUCAGGUAGGUAUCACGUCGAUGUACCCUGCUCAACCCUCCAAACCCUGUUUGGUGCUGAUGUCUGAGGAGACAACUUCUGGUCACUCCGGACUCCAACAAAACUCUCUCUGGUAUUUCUGUGGUUUUCAUUGGUGAAGCUGGUAGACAUCUCUCUCUCUAAAUUAGGCCCUGCCAUUCUGAUUGGUCGAAAAGGCCUCCCCUUACGAAUAAAAUCAUGUGUUCAAAAACAAAUGUUCAAAGGCCACAUGUGAACAACCGACAUUUGAAGAGUACAUGUGUGAACAAUAAAUAAUCCCACUUACUGUAUAAGAUGAGAGGGGGUAACCUAUGCUAUUUCAAGUAAUAUUUUGUUUUGGCAUGUGAAAAACGUUAUUCACAUUUUACAGACAAGCUGAAAUGGAAGAUUGAGUAGCUGUAGCUUCUACGAUAUGACGUAUAGGCGAGUGAAACAGAUCUUUCAGGGGAAUUUUUGGAGGGCGGGGAGUUGAUUUGACUGAAGUCAAAUGAGGAGGGGGACAUCAAAUGAGGAUGCACUCCACUGCGUGAAAGGAUAUUGAUUGGAGGGGAACAAAAAAUGGACAAACAUUUGAUCGACAUCGCAAAAUGUAAAUCAAAAUAGUUUUCCAGGAAGUGAAUGGAAAUGUCCUGCUCUAACUUUGGUUUCAGCUUGUCUUUAAAGGACAUGAAAAUGUGAAGAUGCAAAUGACUCAGUGUGUCCUAUUUUCCUUUCUCAUUCACUUGUGAAAAAGUUAAGCAAAGUUAAAUGUGAACAUGUUAAAUUCACAAGUGAAAAUAAUGAUUUUCUUGUGUGAAGAGGCAAUUUCACAUGAUUUUUUCGUAAGGGUCAGUACUCAAAAUCAGUGCUCAUUCCGUUGUGUUCCAGUUAAAGGUACUGAUAUUUUUUCCAGCACGUUGCCAGAACUACAUCUUCAAAGUGAAAAGAGAAGUGAUGUUUGUAUUAAUUUAGAAAUUUGGGCUUGUUUUUUGUGAAUAAAAAAGACAAAUGCAUGUA